GUCGCUGGAGAGGCGGCGCUCGGCUGCUGGACGGCGGCCCAGUUCUGACGGCGCAGCCGGGCUUCCAGCAGCUUUCCGUCCGUCUAGUCGUGCCGCUCUGCGACAACACCAGAGGAAGAAUCGUCCGCAAUGGAAGCAGUUAAGGACAUCACAGAGACGGUGGCUGUCAACCUGGGUGCACUCCUGGACGCCGGGGACGACGCCAUGGUGAUACUCGAGGCAGGUGACACUCGGCUGGUGGUGCACAGGGCCGUCCUGGCGGACAGGAGCCCCGUAUUCGCGACCAUGUUCGCCCACGACACCCUCGAGGCCUGCACUGGCGUGGUGAGGAUUGCCGACAUCGGUGGCCCGGUGCUGAGGGAGCUGGUCUCCUACCUGUACACCCUGCGGGCCCCCCAGCUGCCCGGCAUGGCCCCCCAGCUGCUGACUGCAGCGGAUAAGUACGGGGCGUCGGGGCUGAAGGCAGAGUGCGAGCGGCAGGUGGCCGCUCAGCUGACCGUGGAGACCGCGGCGGCCGCAGCCACCCUCGCAGUCCGCCACUCCUGCAGUGACCUCAGGCGAGCAGCCAUCGAAUUUAUUAAGACCUGUCCCUUCGAGGUGAUGGCCACUCAGGGGUGGGCAGAUGCCAUGCGGAAGCAGCCGGAAGACUUGAUCGAAGUGAGCCGGUUGCUGUACGAUCCACCACCACAAACCAGUGCACCAGUCGUUACAGAUCUGAGGACCACCACCACCAGCACCACAACCACAACCAGGACCACCACCAUCACCGCUGCCACCACCACCUCUGCCAGCGCCCCUCACCAGACACCUGCUGCUGCGCGGCCCAUGACUCCUCCACCUGAUGAGGCCACUGUCUCUCAAAUGCGGAGCCUCUCUGCAGAGGAGAGGGGCAGGAGGCUGUUCCGGGCGGCUGAGCGGGGGGCAGUGGGGGAGCUGAGGGCGCUGAUCGCCGCAGGGGCCGAAGUGGGGGCGACGGUGUGGGGGUGGACCGCCCUGCACUGGGCAGCGGGCAGGGGAGACGUCGAGGCGGUGAGGCUUCUGGUGGGGGCGGGGGCGGCGGUGGACGCCAGGACUGACGGUGGGUGGACGCCGCUGCAUGUUGCGGCACUCAAUGGCCGCGCAGAAGUGGCGGCUGCGCUGCUCGACGCGGGGGCCGACAGGGGGGCCACAGUUGGUGAUUGGGGGACAGCGCUGGACCUCGCCAGGCAGUGCAACCACAGGCGGCUGGUGGAGAUGCUGUCAUGA